AUGGCUGAGCGUACGCAGCCUCGGCGGCGCGGCUAUCGCAGGAAUUACCAGGCCUGUGAGGCUUGCAAGAAGCAAAAGGGACGCUGUGACCUGGGUUCGCCCGACAACCCACAACCCCCGUGCACACGCUGCCGUCGGGCCAGGAAAGAGUGCGUCUUCGGCCCGAGCCGGUUCACUUCGCGAGGCAACAAUGCGAACAGCAGCACCAGUCCCACCGCCGACCCGAGUGGAACGAGUGAUGCGGCUCCUUCCAUCAUCCCAAGUCUGUCCUCCCGCAUGCGCGAGAACACCGAGCGUGCCUGGACAGCAGCUGGAGUGCCGUUUUCUGCGCGCAGCAAUGCUUUUCCCCCGUAUUUCCCUCAGACAUCUAGCAACAGCGAGAGUACCAAUCAGGAAGGCGUGACGUCACAGGCGUCUAAUCGGGACGAGGGAAACAUUCGUGAUCAUCUGAUGAGUGCUACAGUCAGCAACCCAACAGAGGCCAUGCGGUUGCUUUCCCAAACUGCGAGAUUGACCGAUCCUGUAUCAACCGAGCGGCCGUACUAUUCCACUCCGAGGGACAAGGUCCCUGCUGAUGGUGACAUAUUCUGCCGCGACAUGGAAUCCGAAUCCGAAUCCCGUCGCAGAUACCGGCCAAGCGAGUUUCCGGAGCGUAUGGACGACAACCCUCGGGGUGAUGACCAAACCUUUUCCACCUGGAUGCAUUUUCGAAUGUGCAAAGACAAAGUCAUCAGCCCAAACGAAGCACUGUUCCUCAUCAACUAUUUCUUUGAGCAGAUGAAUCCCAUGAGUCCGAUUCUUUCUGACUAUUACCAUGAUCCGAAAAAUCACUUUGAGCUGCUCAGGGAAGAGCCAACACUGGCAUGCACCAUCAUUGCGACUGCCGCGAGAUAUACUCGGUUACCAGGGCAUGCCGCCGUGACACGAGGAAACUUGCUACACAACAGUCUCCUUCGACAUGUCCAAUCCUGCACACAGCGAAUUCUUUGGGGUAUUGGAGAAGAGGAGAUGGGCGUUGGCCGCAUCGUUGGCUUCAUCGAGAGCCUCAUGGUCUUCGUGUGUUGGCACCCGAGAGCUUUGCAUAUGCUGGUCGAGUCCAGCGAGCUAGCACCGCCGACGGACUUUGAAACCGAGUCGCACGGCAAGUAUUUCUUCGAGAACAGUAUCCAAGGUAUCCAUGCGCAUGUGAUUAUAAGACUAAAUAGACAGUCAAAUCGAAUGAUUUGGAUGCUUAUUGGUCUUGCCUCAACACUUACUCACGAGAUCGGGUUAUGGGAACCGGACACCACACCCAACCGAAUUACCACCGCAAAGGAAGAACGCAAGCUCCGAAUAAAGAAACACCUCCUUCUCAACUGUGUUGAGGCACAUUUUCGGCUGGGGAAAGGUGCCACAAUGCAGCAGCCUUUUGGCCUAUCCUUCGACGUACAGCCGCCGAAUACAGUAAUCGAGCUCGACGAGACGCGCAAAUUCAUCCACAGAUUCUUGGAUUGUGGUAUCGAAUGCGUACAGCUUGCACAUCUGGCGACAACAACUUUGUACUCGAGCCCGGCGCAAACCAAGGCCAUGAUCACAUCAAAGAAAUACAUUAGUGCUGUGACGCAUUAUGAUACCUUACUCGGGAGUUGGCUCGAGAAUGCAGGUCGCAUCCCUUCGCUUCUCCCGAACCUAACAAUUCAAGCUGAAAUCAUGUUUCAUGCCACUCGAUCUUACAUCCAUCUCAUUGCCAUACAGGCAAUCAUGGAGAGAUCACUUUCGCUUUCGUAUCCGGAUAUCCAGCCUGGCCGCGUCAGAGUGUUUGAUGAACAGAACAUGGCAGAAGUUAUGCGGCUACCAGAGACGGCGCGGGAUUUGGAGUUGAUCAGAGUGAUUGCCGGACUCAACAUAGAACCGAGGCAAGACAUGAUUCCCUUACUGAAAGAGGUCGUCCACAUUAUCGACGUCUCCGCCAUAGAUGACCUCGAUCUCGGCCCCAUUUACGCCGAGACUCUGCGCACCCUAAUAGUGAAGGUUGAAAACGCACGACCCGUCCGCGCCAGAGCCGGCGUCGAAUCCACAGACCAAGCGGACCAGCAACAACCCGACCCGUCCGUUACCACCCACGCCAGAUACUCGUCCAUCGUUUCACCCGCCCCCAGCAGCAACCCGGCUUCCACCUUUGCCGCCGAAGCCACUAGUGGUCACACACCAGUAGCAGCAGCAUCUUCUGCAAACACCACCGCCACGACUUCCAUGGCCCCAUCCAUCAUGUCAGCCUCGCCGGCGGAAAAUGGCAGCAACACCGCCACAGCAUCCUCAUCUUUCGCGUACAGCGGCGCCGCCGCCGUAAGCGGAACGAACAGCAGCGCCGAAGGCUUUGCGGGUGGUGAUCCAACAUCGACGAUGGAUGCGGAUAUGCUGGGCGGCGCGCCAGCGGAUUGGAGCCAGUGGCUCGCGUUCCAGUUCGACCCGUCGUUCUCCGCCUUCGAGAUGGGGUACUCGUUCGAUGCGCUGUAUCCGUUCGCUGCCUCGUCGACCGGGCUUGAAUAA